AUGUCAUUGGCUCGAUGGACGUCCCAGAUCAAAAACGCUAGAUGGACUUGGGACGACACGGUUUCUCUAGGGCAGCUUAAGCACCUCCGAACCCUUCUCAACGAAAUCAUUCCUUCCAAAACAUGGACACUCUACGGAACGAGUCUCCUUUUCAACAAUCAGACAAACGCGUCUUUGGGACUGGACGGAUAUGACAAUUACCAGGCGCCACAGGAGAACGGAAAGCAGCUCUUUGACCGGAGAAUGUGGGUUUCAGGAAGCUUGAAGUUCUGGAACACACCAAGGAUCGGGGAAAGCCUACGAUGCGUUGAACGCGUCCAGCUGGUCAGAAGAGUCGGUGACUCGGUGUUUGUGGCUGUUCUGCGAGAAACAAGGAAGUUGGAUUUCGAUAGUGAAGUUGAAGGUGGAUCCGUCAAAGUCGGCAAUGAAAGAACUGGAGACGUGAUAGUCAGCGAGCUCCGGUCGUUGGUAUACAAAUGGAGGGCCGAUGUCUCGGAAAAGCCGAACUCUGAAACCAGUGAAAAUAUUGAAACCAGCUCACCUGUUGCUUCCAAAGAACCCGACCCCGAUGCCUCAACAGAACUCACAAUAUCGGCUUCUCAGGUGUCCCGAUUUAGCGCCCUCCAGUACAACCUUCACAAGAUCCACUACAACCGUGACUAUUGCCUCUCCGAGGGUCUCUCCGAUGUCAUUGUGCUGGGACCAAUGCUCGUGAACAUCAUGCUACAUUACCUUGCGCUGAGGUAUCCGAAAGCAGUAAUUGAGCUGUUUUCAUACCGUAUGAGCGAACCGUGCUAUGUGGACCGGCCAUUGAGGAUCAGUAUGGAGAAUGGCGAGAAAUCUGUGGAGAUAGCAGUCUGGGAGGGCAGUAAGAAGUUGUGCAACGGCACGGCGAGGAGGCCUUCUUCUUGA